UUUGAACAGGAUUCCAGAUUCUAUUAGUGAUUCCCAACUGUAGGCCAGUUCUCCAAUACUGAUUUCUGAAAGAGUAAAACUAUCUUGGCUUCAUUUCAAAAUCUCUCUAAUCUAGAGAUAUUUGGGAACUAACAAUGGAGAGUGCCUACCUCAGAAAAAGCCUGGGCACUUGUUUAGCAGAAGGCCUUGCUGAAAUUGCGGAACAUCGUCCAUCAGAUCCUAUCUUGUACCUGGCCCAUUGGAUUUACAAAUACAAGAAGAACAUGAUUGAAGAACUACAGAGGAAAUUGGACAGGGAAGAACUGGAGCGAGAGCGUGAGGAGGCUCAAAAGGAAGUGGAAAUGCUAGAAAAAAUGAAAGAAGAAGAACUUUUGAUUCAGCAAAAGCUGGAAGUAGAGAGACAGAGCCCCUGA